AUUGGUCAAGCUUUGUGCUACCAACGCGUGCCCAGACGCGUUAGCGUGCCCCGGCCCCCGCAGGGGGCGCGGCGCACCUAUACGUUUCAGAAAGCGGCAGUUGACGAAAACUUGGGCAACACGUGCUCCCCGCUCCCGCCGAGUGCACACAGCCAUUAUACAUGCCACCCAUUACACGAAAGUACUGUACACAAGGUAGAAGAGGCCCCAGCGACAAAGUUCCGAUACCCGACUCGAGUCAGGGAACCUCGAUCGCGAAAGUAACUGAGGCUAAACCAUAUUUCGCGCACUCUAACGCAUAGAAUGGUAUCCGAUGCCUCAAGAAAGACGAUUCUUUGGCCGAUUUCAUCGCACCGGCUUGCGCUGGUCCAAGACUCCAAUUCCCCCAUUGGCUGCGACCCCGACCCCGACCCCGACCCCGACCCCGACCCCGACCCCGACCCCGACCCCGACCCCGACCCCGACCCCGACCCCGACCCCGACCCCGACCCCGACCCCGACCCCGACCCCGACCCCGACCCCGACCCCGACCCCGACCCCGACCCCGACCCCGACCCCGACCCCGACCCCGACCCCGACCCCGACCCCGACCCCGACCCCGACCCCGACCCCGACCCCGACCCCGACCCCGACCCCGACCCCGACCCCGACCCCGAUCCCGACCCCGACCGAGGGGCACGCUCCAUGGAUCGCAUGGCGGUCCGCUAGUGUGAAUGGGGAACUCGGCCAGACCUGCCUGCUACCGCUGGAGCCGAGCGAGCCAGCGGCAGGUACGAACGAACUUCAAUUCGC